GUCCACUUCUGUCACAAUUGCUUUUAUUCCCAAUCCAAUUUGUUCUACUUUCACUACAACUUCACAAGGGUUCAAGCUAUCUUCAUAACAAUGAAGUCACAACAUAUCGCCCUGCCCGGUCUUCAGAUAGCAACGGCCGCCUUUUUCGCCGUCGCCGCUGAGGCCAAGGUCUACUGCACUGAUAACGCUGGUGUGGUGGUCACUCAAGCCAACUGCGAUGGUACUCGACCGCCAGGCGCCUUCUUCCUCGCUGAGCACGACGGCGAGGACUUACAGCUAGGGAACAUAGUUGCCGAGGACAAGUUCGACGCCGCCGACCCUGUUGCCCGCAAAGCCGAGGGGUACCCUGAGUCUGGCCUGGUCAAAGGCGGCUUUGGGCGCAGGUCACCUCAGAGACAGUGUGAUCCGUCUAUAGGGCACUGUGUUGUAAGUGGUGUCGGGAGGGGCGGCUCCGGUGGUGGUGGUGGUGGUGGUGGAGGCUUCUAUUAUCGCGGUGGUGGUAGUUAA